CAAAUCAAAUUGGAUUCCCUUCAUUUCUCUUUGCAUUGAUUCCCUACAAAGUGGAACACAGAAUAAGCUUCUUCUUCAUCACAAUUUGAAAACUACAUUUUUGUUUCAUUAAUAUUUCAACUCAGAAACACCCAUUUUUGUCACUCAAAUACACCUGUUUUUGCCCCUUGCUCGAAGAAUUAAUGAAUCUUGACGGCGAUCAAAAACCAGUUUUGUACGGUCCAUGGGGAGGCCAAGGUGGAUCAUACUGGGACGAUGGAGUGAACUUCACCAUAAAACAAUUGGUGAUAGUUCAUGGACUUGGAAUUGACUCGAUCCAAAUCGAAUACGAUAAUAAAGGGAACUCUAUUUGGUCAAGAAAGCAUGGAGGUGAUGGAGGGUCUAAGAUGGAUAAGGUAAAACUUGAUUACCCAAAUGAGUUUCUUACAUCAAUCCAUGGAUACUAUGGUAACCUUAAUGAAAGGGGACCUAUUAUGGUUAGGUCACUCACUUUACAAAGCAAUAGGAAAGUUUAUGGACCCUAUGGUGUUGAACAAGGGACAUGUUUUUCAAUGAAUAGGGGGAAGAUUGUUGGGUUCCAUGGUAGGUCUGGUUGGUAUUUGGAUGCAAUUGGGGUUUAUUCAAUGCCUAUGUUGAAAAUGAAUCAUUCGAAGACUAUUGUUCAUGCACAAAGUUUUGCUGGUAAUGGAGGUGAGAGAGAUGGGUUUUCAGUGAUACAAGGAAGUGUUGGAGAAAGCUAUGAUAUUGUUUUAGCUGUUAGACAAAGGGAUUUGAUAGGGAAUUCAUUGCCAAGGGAGCUAUCUAGGCGAGGCUCUAGGAGUUGUACCGAUGAUUCUAGUGAUGGAGAAACCAAAGGCAAGGUUUCAUUUCAGACACCUGAGAAGCUGCCAUCGAACGUACCGGAAGGAGUGAUAACUUAUGGACCAUGGGGUGGCAAUGGUGGAACCAAAUUUGAUGAUGGAACCUAUACCGGUGUAAGGCAAAUUACUUUAUCACGCAAUGUUGGAAUUGUAUCAAUAAAGGUUUGCUAUGACCGCAAUGGACAAGCACAUUGGGGAAGCAAACAUGGAGGCACCGGAGGUUUCAAAACUGAAAGGAUAAUGUUUGAUUAUCCGUCAGAAAUUUUGACGCACGUAACGGGAACGUUCGGACCAUUAAUGUACAUAGGGCCUAAUGUGAUCAAGUCACUUACAUUCUACACCAACAAAGGAAAGCAUGGACCAUAUGGAGAUGAACAAGGACCCUCUUUCUCCAACAAAAUCAAUGAAGGCAAGAUUGUUGGAUUCCAUGGCAAAGAGGGUUUAUUCUUAGAUGCGUUUGGCGUGCACGUCAUGGAAGCUAAAGUACCACCACCAAAGCCACCAUUGUCCCAAGCAAUCAUCCAAGGUGAAAGGACUAUAGCCGAGAUUGAUAAUUCUCCGUGGUCGAACAAACUAGUGCUAGCGAAGCGAGGACCGAUUGAAGAGGUUGCUUGUAGUGUGGUGAAAGAACCAGCACCUUGUGGACCUGGACCUUGGGGAGGAGAUGGAGGACGACCAUGGGAUGAUGGAGUAUAUUCUGGGAUUAAACAAAUUUAUAUAACGAAAUCUGAUGCUAUUUGCUCAAUUCAGGUUGAGUAUGAUCGGAAUGGACAAUCAGUUUGGUCUGUGAAACAUGGAGGUCAUGAUGGAACUACCACAAAUCGGGUGAAAUUGGAUGAUCCGCACGAGGUACUGAAUUGCAUAUCCGGCUAUUAUGGCACCAUUAACAAUGACGAGCAGCUCAAAGUUGUAAAGUCAUUAACGUUUAACACCAGCAGAGGCAAGUAUGGUCCAUUUGGUGAGGAGAAAGGGACGUAUUUCACUUCAACCAUAACAGAGGGAAAGGUAGUGGGGUUCCAUGGGAGGAGCAGCUCUUAUUUGGAUGCCAUUGGUGUUCAUAUGCAGCAUUGGCUAGGAAAUCCAAGAACAACUAAGAGGUCUCUCUUCAAAAUUUUCAGUUGAAUUGUAAUCUAUAUGGUUGUUUUUUUGUACACUGAUUAAGAUAAUAUUGGUAGGCAAAUGACCAUGGAUUAUUGUUGGUUUUGCUUAGGUGGGAUUUAAUAUUUGUAAUAAUUGUUAAAUAAUGCCUACAACUACUUAUAAUCGAUCUCCAACCUUUAAAUAAAAGGAUAAAAGUGCUUCAACGUGCUUGAA